AUGCGCCGCAAGCGCCCACCACUCGAUAUCGCCGGGUGGCGAUACACGGCUUCGUUCCUACUCUCAUGUGGCUUCGCCCCACUCAAAUUUGUCAACCCGCAUGGUUCCUCCUCCUCCUCGCCCGCGGCUAGUGUUCGCAGGUUCCGCACAGAUAGCACCUUCGACGAUAUCCCAAUCAUAAACCUUCAAGACGCCAAGAGCCCCGACCCCAAGGUCCGGCGCGCGCUAGCAGACGAGAUACGGGAUGCCUCCAUCAACGUCGGCUUCUUCUACAUCAAGAACCACGGAAUACCCGAGUCUAUGAUUGCAGACACGGUCGCCGCCGCACAGCAGUACUUUGCGCUGCCGCUGGAGGCCAAGGUGGCGAUGGACAUCCACAAGAGCGCGAACUUCAAGGGCUACACCGCGCUCCUCGGCGAGAACACGAACCCGGAGAACCGCGGCGACCUCCACGAAGGUUUCGACCUCGGCUGGGAGGAGCCCGACGGCCUCGCCCGCGCGUCCGACGGCGCGAUGGCAGGGGAGAACGUCUGGCCUGACGCCCUUCCCGGCUUUCGGGAGGCCGUUCUGGGGUAUUACCACGCGGCGGUGCUCGUCGGACAGAUGUUGUUCCCGCUCUUCGCGCUCGCGCUCAACCUCCCGGAGAACUUCUUUGACGACAAGACGACGAAGCCGGCUGCGAUCAUGCGCCUGCUCUACUACCCGCCCCAGACCGGCGUAGUCGACGACCGGGUGCAGGGUAUCGGCGCUCACACGGAUUAUGAGUGCUUCACAAUUUUGUGGCAGCAGGAGGACGUGCGCGCGCUGCAGGUCCUGAACGCGCACAAAAAGUGGGUCGACGCUGUCCCGAUCCCCGGGACGCUGGUGGUGAACCUGGGCGACCAGUUCGCGCGCUGGACGAACGACGUGUUCCGCUCGACGGUGCACCGGGCGGUGAACCGGGCCGGGGUGGGCCGAUUCUCGAUCCCGCUCUUCUUCGGGACGGACUAUGACGUCAAGCUCGAGGCCCUCCCGAGCUGCAUCUCCGACGACCACCCCGCGCAGUACGAGGUCGUCACCGCCGGCGAGUACGUCAAGUCGCGCCUCGAGGCCACGUACGCCCACUCCAAGGCCGACCAUUAG